AUGGCACAAGUCGAAUCUCCCAAGUCGCCGACCCUACCUGACACUCUCCUCUCCGUCACUGCCCUCGCCCGCUUCGAGUUUGAGCCGGGUAAGGGGAACGAUGGCACCAAAGUCAUGAUGGUUGAAUGGCAAGACGAUGACCAGGCAAGAGAUAAAUCAGGGACAUGGCAGGUCUCGUGGCCCGGCAAACGCACCGUCUUCCCGGCAGCCGACAAUCCUUCGGACAAUAUCCGCCGUGUAUAUUUCCUUCUGCCUCCGGGCGCCAUUGUGCCACCUCACAUCACUCUGGCCUACUAUCCUCCCACCAACCCUGCCGCACCUGCCGAGACCUCUACGUCAGAGCAAGCCCCUCUGAGAAUGACGGUGAACCCGCUACCUGCUAUAUUCACUCCCGAGUUGGGGGCCACAGCCAAGGCGAGCGGGAGAAAGGGCGUGCUACACACUAUAUGGGCUAAGAAGAGGCUGCAAGUCUUGGAGAAGGAGAUCAAGCAUGAGGAAGAACACAACCUCGAAGGCAUUGCGUUGGAGAUGGCCAGGUCGGAAAAGUCUUGGAUUGAGAAUAAUUUCGGCCUUGCCCCGAAGCCUCCAAGCCUCGAUCUGAGCAAUAUUCCCAAAUCCCUUGGCCCUACGAGUCCGGGGAUCCAAAGCCCCAAGUCUCCUGGUGGGAGAAGGCUGAGCGAGAAGCUCAAAGGCUUGAGCAUUGGCACCAGUGACAGGGAGCUCAAUGCGAGGGGCCUUAACACCCCAACACGGGAAUCCCAUCCUCUCUCGCCCGAGGCGUCAGAUAUGGCAUACUCGUCAUUCAGUAGCUUCCGGAAUGGUCCAGUAUCCGCUUCUUCGGCCACCGGAGGCAAGAAGGUCGUCGCUCAAGCACCACCAGACUAUAUCAGAAAACAGCAGCAACAGUCGCCCGCCACGGCUUCUCUCAGUUCCAUGAGCCAGAUAGCGAAGCCGGAUGACCCUGCAGACGAUGAUUUGUUUGCGGUCGCAUUGAGUCCAAGAUCACCGGAUGGCCCCAAGAGUCCGUUUUCAAUAUCGAGCGCAGAAGUCGGUGCAUUUGCGAAGAUCAAGGGAGAGCGAUGA